AUGGCCAGCCACAACGACCCGCGCUUGCUCUACUCCAUUCCGGGGAUCAAAGCCCACCACAUUCAGAAUGGCGAGGAGGAUUCUCUUACGCCAUCGGGCCCGCAGACGCUGUCGCUGCUGAUGGUGCCCACUACCAGCCCCUUCGCCGAUCCUGCUGCGCGCAACCCCAACGAGUCGCCCGAGGAAGACUUCUAUCUUCAUCUGAAUCUGCCGCCCGAGCUGGACCUCCCCCUCCCCGCGACGACCCAGAUCUACCACCAGCCGCCCAGCAGCUACCUGAUUCCGCGCUGGGACCUGGGCCCCGACAGCGGCGCAUUCACGCGCAUUGAGUUCCCGCCCCUUGGCCAGGGUGUAACUCAGGAGGACGUCGAUACCUUUGAGACAAUUCUGGCACAAUGCACUGCCUUCCUUGAGCGCGCGCAGGCACCGCGCACCGAGAAGGGCGACUUUGCCGCAUACAACCCCGCCGCCUACAAACCCGGCGAAGGCUAUGUCGAGGGCACGGGUAAGGGGCAGCACGGCCAGAUCGUCCUCAUUGACGAGGAGAACGGAAGCGUCGUGGGUGAGCUUGCAGACGGGGCUUCGAUUGAAGAAGACCCGAGGCUGAAGCCCGGCUCAAAGAGUGAGAUUCUCACCGGGGAGUAUUCAUCGCCUUUUGCUGACCAUCGCCAAGAUCCCGUCGAGGUGGAAAUCAGUCCAGACGGCAAGCAUGUCGACGUGCGGCCCAUCUCUGAGGAAUACUUGCGCAUGGCCCGGCACCCCGCCUACAAGGACUCGUCUUUGGUGCAGAAUGCAGCUGCCGCAUCGCGCUUGAUCGUGACGGGUUCCAGUUACCUGAGCAGCGUCAUGACCUCUGGAGCGAACACGUUCACCCAGAAGACCAAGCCGAAUCAGAAGCCCGUCACUUUCAAGCCGGCCACACACGACCGUGUGAGGAAGAUCCACGACUUCACGCAUAGCGCUGCCACCAUAUCGGCAAAAACGGUGGGGCAAGCCACCAAGUAUGCGCAGAACUUUGGCGCGUCACUCACUGGACGCAAAGGCAAAGAGAAGGGAGAGGGCUACAAACCGGGUUUCUUGAACAAGUCCAUGAUUGCCUUCUCCACCGUCGCUGACGGCCUCGAGUACGGCGGCAAGAAGCUGCUUGCGUCUAGCGGUGCGGCAGCUUCGCAAAUGGUCGGGCACAAGUAUGGCCAAGAUGCAGGGAACCUCACUGCGGAACUGGCAGGCGGCGUCAAGAACGUGGGCCUUGUCUACAUCGAUGUGACUGGAGUCUCGCGUCGCGCGGUGCUGAAGUCCGUCGCCAAAGGCAUGGUCGUAGGCAAGGUCAAAGGAGGCGGUGAGGUUGUCGUGGGCGGUGGUGAUGGCGGUGACAUUCCCCCAGAGGACGCAAAGAAGGCCUAUGGCGCUAUUCAAACUGGCGCUGUCAAUGACAACCUCGGCCAAGGCCAGCCGGGCGGCGGUUCUGCUGCGCCUGGUGGCGUUGUUGGAUUCGGUAAUGCUGUGCCGCAGAGUGGAAGUUCUGGGGUUGGUGAACCUCUGGGCGGCCAGGCACUAUCGGGCCAGUACGUGAACGAGAAGCGAUGA